AUGUUAACUAGGUUAGAAAGGUGCUGGAGUAUUUGGGAGCAACCUAUACUUAUUCUUUCUUUUUGGCUUCAUCCAAGUUAUAGGGCAGAAAAAUUUGACUCAAAUAUUAUACCAAGAUUGUCAUUUUCUUUAAAAUCAUGGCUUCUUUAUUAUUAUGAUUCAUGGAUUAACGAAAAACCUACAUCAAUCCUUUUCGAAUUUGAAAGAUAUAAUCAAAUGAAAUUUCCUUAUUCUAGUGAAAUUUUUAAUCAAUAUAAAGGUGAUUUAUUAUUAUACUGGGGUUCCUUGUCAAGAGAUAAUAAUGAACUUGCAAAGUUAGCAUGUCAUAUUUUUGGUAUGUGUGUCAACUCUGCUCCAUAUGAAAAGGUAUUGAAAAUAAGCCAGAUCCAUGGUGAUAUAAUUAAUUUAAAAAUGCAAUCAACUGUUAACAAACUUCAAACUGAAGAUUUAAAUGACUUUGUGACAGAAACAAAUGAUCAUAAUUCAAACCCAGAAGAAACUUAUCAAGAUUUAGAAGAAUGGCAGAUGUUAGUAGAUGAAUGGAUUAGCAUGACUUCCAAUGAAAAUAUUGAUGAUGAAAUGGAACAACAUGCUCCAUUAGAUGAAUCACACCCAGCAGAAAAUAAAAGGGCCAAGUGGACUUUGACAGAUUUGUUUCCUGCUGUUGGCUCAUCUUCUAAUGUUAAAUCAAUUGAACCAUUCAUAUUUGAAACUCCAGAAGUGAUUUUCACAAAUGCUGAUGAACAUUAUCAUCAGCAAGAAGAACAAAAUAUUUACCAAAUUCCAAAGGUUGUUUUCCCUAAUACUAACAAAUAUCAUCAUCAACAACAAAGUAGUUAUUCAGCUCCAAUUGUUAUUCCUAGUACUGAUGAACAACAAAAUAUUUAUCCUGCACCCUUUCUUCAAUUAAAUCAAUUUCCAAAUCAACACCAGCAACAGCAUGUUUUUGAACAUAAAAAUAUUUGUUUAAAAAAUAAAGAAAAUAAAGAUAGUCAAUGGAGUGACAGAGAAGUAGAAAUUUUAAUUGCCUAUCUGGAUGAAAAUUAUAAGAAUUGGUCCUCUGGUAAUAAAAACAAAUUUUAUCAAGCUUUGAUUGAUAAAAAUUUAUUGGCUGGUAAAAAUAAUGAGCAAAUAAAAAAUAAGUUGAAUAAAUUACGUAAUUCAUAUUUAAAAGAAAAAAAAUCAACUAAUAAGACUGGAUCAGCACCAACUAAAUGGAAAUGGUUUGACAAAUUAGACAAAAUAUUUGGUACAAGAGAGAAUGUAACUCUUUCAGAUUUAAUGGUUUCGAUGAAUCAAUCUAAAGAUAACUUCCUUGUUAAAAAAAUUGAAUUGCAAGAGAAGGAAAUUGAUUCCAAAAUACAAUUGGAAAAGUACAAAAUUGAUAAAGAGAUGGAAUUAAGAAAAUUAGAAUUAGAAAUUCAAAGAGAAAAAUUGGAGAAUUAG